GGCAGGAAGCAUGCUCGUGACACAGGUGAUGCUUUCCUCGAAGGGUAGUAGGUAGGUGGUGUUAGUGUUCACACAGCGCUUGGAGCGACCGAAAUUGCUUCUUGGGCCCAGAUACCUUCGUUCAUAUAAGGAGCGUGCCCGCCUCUUCCAAGCGUUGAUACUCCACACUGAGAGCAAGCGUGUUUCAGUCUGCGCCCUCUCCGACGCCGUCAUCAACAGGCAUCAUUUGACAAGGAGCACCGCGACUUUUCUCUCGCGCAGUCCCGAGACAACAAACCAACACGCAAAGAUGGCUUUCAUCCGCCCGUUCAGGCCCGAGGACACGGAGAACGCGAAGCAAAUUUGCCGCGCCACCCUCCCGCCCUCGCUGCAGGCCUCCCCGGCCGCCAUCCGCAUGGCGCCCUACCUCUGGACGCUGCCCUUCACCCACCUGGCGCCGCGCCACUGCUUCGUGCUGGACGACGGCGCCGGCGCCGCCGUCGGCUACGUCGUCGGCGCCCCGGACGUGUUCGCCCUCGCCCGCGACUACCCCCGCUACGUCGCCGACGUGCUCGGCUCCGACCAGGGCAGGGCGGACGUCCCCCCGCCGCCGCAGUGGGAGGUCCUGGAGCCGUGGGAGGUGCCCGGGGAGGAGGGGAAGGGGAAGGGCGGCGUGAAUCCGGUGUGUCUUGCCCAGAUGGCGUAUAGCGUGCGCUGGUUGAUCCUCGAUGGCGCGGAGGGGAAAAGGGAGCUGGUCAGCAAGUACCGCGCCAUGCUGCACAUCAAUUUGCUGGACGGGUGGCGGGGCCAGGGGUGGGGGCGGAAGAUGAUUGAGACGUUUGUGGAGAGCGUGAGGGCGUCCGGCGAGGAUUAUGGCCGCGGCAUCCAGCUCGGCGUGGCGGCUGAGAAUACCAAGGUCGUGCCGUUUUAUGAGAGGGUUGGGUUCGAGGUGUAUCCUGGCGGAGAGAAGGAGGGCGGGAACGUGUGGAUGGUGAGGAACCUGUGAGCGGUUUGGGGGUUGAGGUUGUUGAAUGUCAAUGGAGUGUUGUUGGCCAUCGACUCCUGACAGUGCCAUCGGUCGGCCUUUGGACUCUCUCAUACGGCAUGUACCGGAUUCAGUGACUGCCAAUGUUUGUGAGGCUAAUUGCUAUUCAUUACAACUUGAGGAGGCCCGCCGCCAGCUCACCUUACGCUCGUGUUUGCCAUGGCGGCGAAAGAAACACGAGAUAAAUUCAACGCGCCGCUGCCCCUUUCUCCGCCGCCUUUUCCCGUAUUUUCU